GGCCGGGAGGGAAGCGGAGCCGAGCUGAGCGCGGCGGUGAGUCAGGGCGGGUUCGCUCCGCUCACCUGCGCUCGCUCGCUCCGCACGGGCUGCGGGGACCGGCAGCGGCCAGCGGCCGAGGGGCUCUGCCCGAGGGGCGGGCGAACGGACGGGCCGGGCGCCCCGAUGAGGACGGCUCCGCGGGGAGAUCGCGGCACCCCCGGGCCCCGCUGAACCCGCAGGUCUGCCGGAGCUGCGGCCCCGCUCUGGAGUCCGGCAAUGCUCACGGCCGUCUGCGGCACUCUUGCCAAUCAGCGCUCGGAGACGCCGCGCGUCGCCUCCCCGCACUUGGACCUGCAGCCCCUGCAGCCCUACCAGCCCCACGCCAGCUCCGAGGUGGGCGGCGACUUCCCCUCCCCUCUCCAGUCCACGGAGCUCCAGCACCUGCCCUUGGUGGGCCCCGGGGUGGAGUUUGCGGCCGCCCCCGGCUACGAUCUGCAUGGCUCUUCGAGGCUAGACCUGGAUGGUGACAGCCUGCUGGCCCCUGGCGCGUACUCCAAGCUCCUGCAGCCGCCUCCCGAAAUGGCCCACCCCUACGAGCCCUGGUUCAGGCCCUCGCACCCCGGCAACGCCGCCGAGGAGGGCGGCGUGAAUCCCUGGUGGGACCUCCAUGCCGGAUCCAGCUGGAUGGAGCUGUCGCCGGGUCAAGGCGGCCUCCAAGCCCCUGGCCCCGCGGGCGGACUCCAGCCGGUGCUGGGGGGGUAUGGCUCCGCUGAGCACCAGCUCUGUGGCCCGCCACACCACCUCCUGCCCUCGGCCCAGCACCUGAUGGGCCAGGAAGGGCCGAAGCUGCUCGCCUCGCCUCCGGAGCCGCACGUUCUCGAGCAGGCUGUGGACGGUACCGCCAGGGCAAAGAGCUCGAGGCGCUCGGUGCCCCGGAGCGCCGGGCAGGCGGCCUGCCGCUGCCCGAACUGCCAGGAGGCCGAGAGGGUGGGGCCCUGCCCGGACGGGGCCAAGAAGAAGCAUCUGCAUAACUGCCACAUCCCCGGCUGCGGCAAGGCCUACGCCAAGACCUCCCACCUGAAAGCCCACCUGCGCUGGCACAGCGGGGACCGGCCCUUCGUCUGCAACUGGCUCUUCUGCGGCAAGCGCUUCACCCGCUCCGACGAGCUGCAGCGGCAUCUCCAGACCCACACGGGGACCAAGAAAUUCACCUGCCCCGUGUGCAGCCGGGUCUUCGUGAGGAGCGACCACCUCAGCAAGCACGUGAAGACGCACGAGGGGGCCAAAGAGGGAGCGGAGGGGGAGGGCAAAGGCGGGGCAGACCUGCCGGGGAAAGGCAAGAGGGAGCCCGAGGCCGGCAGCUCCAGCCCCGUGACCCAGCCCAACUGAGCCUCUCUCCCCCCGCCGAGACGCCCCCUCCUCUCUCCGUCACCGCAAGAUGGACGCUCCCUCCCUGACGCCGGGUCUCCCUUGGCGGGGCCGCGCUUUGGGCCGUGGCCCCGGGGCGUACGUGGCGGUGUGCUCUGAGCAAGAAGCUAUUUAUUCUGUAGGAGGGAAGUAUGCAAUCUCGGUGCGUGGGGCACGGGGCCUCUCCUCCCACGGGGGGCUGGGAGGGUCCGGCCCGGGGGCUGGUCUCCGAACCGCAAGAGGGAGGACAUUAAGGGGUUAAGGGCUGGGACCUUUUUUUUUUUUUUUUUUUUUUUUCUCUUUUGAAGGAUCUGAGUUGAGGCAUUGUGCCGAGGGGGUGGGGGUAGGGGGCAGGAGGAGGGGGCUCCCCCAUGCAAAGUGGUGGGGGGAGGGAUGUCUCUGGGGUAGGCUGGGGCCUGGCCCCCAGCCCUGGGUCCAGACCCUUCCCUCUGAGCAGCAAAAUCCGAAUUGGAGAGCUGGGCUCCGGGCUCAGCUGGUACAGGAGGCAGGCAAGACACUGUAACCGAGGGUGGUUUUAGGUCCCCCCCACCCCCCGCAGACUCCCCCAUCCACUGCCUUUCCCCUCCCCCACCCAAUCACCUCCUCCCCUCCCCCGCCCGAGCAUUUUCUCCCCUCUUUUUCCCCCCCCCCAACUCCUCUUCCAGCCCCACCCCGCUGCAGACUCUGCACUCCACCCUGCAAAAUGACCCUCCUGGCCCGAUCCCCUUUGCUCCCUGACGCCCUGCCUGGGAAGCUCCCAGAAGCCGGCUCCUGCCCUGGGGGGGUUUCGCUCAUCUGGGCGGCGGAAGCUUCCCCGCUUGCUCGGGGAUCCUCCCGCCCUCCCCCUGGUUUGUGCUGCUACGACUUCUGGCAGGAGGGAGGCUGUUUGGAAGGAAGAUCAAGCGGGACCCGGAGCAGCGAGGGCCCUUCCCUCUCGGCUGCACCUGUCCAGACACGUCUGGGGCCAAAAGGGGACGGCGGGUUGGGAAAGGCUAGUUUCCAAACAGCUCACCCCAAAGGGAACCCCCUGGAGAGGGGGAGCAGAGGGGUUCACUGCUCUUCCUCCUCCCAUACACCCCCUUUGCCCCCCAUUCCCCCCCAGCAGAGGAACAGACCCCCACCGUUACCCAGGACACGUAGGAGCUGGGAUCGGCCCUUAGAAUCCCAGCCAUGAAGCUGCAGCGGGGCAGAGCCAUGGGUCUUUACUGACCCGGCGUGGUUUGUCCCUGCCCAGCGCUACCCCAGGGUGGGGGUGGGGGGAGGUGGAGCUGCCCCCUGGGUGUUCAUGGGAGGCUGAGCAGCUGCUGUGUUGUAGACCCAGGUGGCAGGCCCCUGAGCGGGGUUCAAUUGAGCUGCCCAGCUGAUGGAGUUUAGGGGACGAGGUGGCCCCAGGUGGGAACCCAUCAGCGUCGGAGGCAUUGUGCUUGCUUGGCUCUAGGUGUGGGGGUGAAUCCCUCCCACCCCCAUGGUAGCUCAGCCUCUCCUGUCUCGCCGCCUUCCAUCAGAAGGUCCCAUGUUUAGCCAUUACGGCCCCGCUCCCAGCUUUCGGUCCCUGCAGCCAGUCUUAUGAUCCUCCAAAGGGACAGGGGUUCCCACCCCGCGUCACCCCAAGCAGUGGAGGCCCUGGACGUUCAGGCCCUCGUGAGUCUGCCCCAGGGGGUUCCCGGCUCUGCCACGUGACCUCUAUCCCCUCCUGCUUUUUGGCUGCGCGGGGAGGACUCGGAGGACAAUCUUCCCCGGGUUGGGGUGGGUGAGUCCAGUCAAGGGCAAUACCCAGGGAUGGGGGCUGAGCCGCAGGGAAGAGAUCCUUCUCAGGGUGGGAACCCACUGGCCUCACGGGGACUGGGGUGUGCGAGGGAGAAACCCCGCGAUGAGCCACCCGGGCGUGGGGAGUGGUGCUCUGCGGCGGGGGGAAGCCUCGGGGGGGGCUGCGCCGAGGCUGCUGGGCGAGUUGUGCAACGUGCCGGCCUUUGUACGAUUGCCCAACGUGUGCAGCUGCUCCUUUCCCACGCCCACCCCUCUCCCAUCCGUCCGUCACCCGCUCUUCCCCCGGGGGGUGAACCUUGCCUUGGAAAGCCAGUGGAGCCAGCAGCAGCCAGAUUCCGAUCCUAUGGCCCAAUCGGGCCAGGCAGGGAGGGACGGGAGCGUCAAACCACCCUCUCCCUGGGCAGCCGGGCUGGGUGGGUCUUGUUUUGCCCUGGAAGCUGAAUCCAGGCAGCUCUGAGCCUGAUCCCAUGCUCUGUACUCCAGCUAUGUUUAUUGAAUGCCUAGAUUACCAAUUGGGCUGUGGAAGCUGAUGGGUUGGGGAAACAUCCCUAGAAAUCCCCCUCCCCCUUGCUUUUUCGUUAAACUGUUGAUUUUUAAACCAGUUUAUCCCGAAGGAAACUUUUUUUCUCUCUCUCUCUUGAUCCUACCCCCCCCCUUUUUUUUUUAAAUGAAGUAGUUGUUUCAUCUAAUUGUUUUCCUAAAUGUCGGCAGAACCCUCGAGCAAGUAAGACGGGCUCUUCUGCCAGUGCAAAUGUAACUGUGGGGAGUGGAGGGUUGGGCUUCUGUCGGGAGAUUGGGGGAGAGGUUUUAAGCUACGGCUACCUCUAGAUCCAAAAUUCUGGGGGCCAGAUCCUCAGCUGGCGUCUUGCAGCUCCCCUCCAUUGAGUGCACUGAGUGACGCCAGCCAAGAAUCUGGCCUGGGGAUUUUUCGCAGCUGAUAUCAUGGUUCGGCCCAUUAUUAAAACGUGGGGUAAUUUGCCAGAUUCAGAGUGGAGUUUGGAGACCAAGAAGCUUCUAACUUCCAGAGUGUUUGGAGUUUGGAGGAAGUUCAGGCCCAUCUCCGGGUAUGAGCCGAGCUCUUUAUUUUAGACUGUUUUAUUAAUUAUUAUUAUUUUAUUAAUAUUAUUAUUAAUAAGGUGAAACCAGGCUUUUCCAGUUGGGGAGGAUGGAAGCUUAGAGACUAAGCUCAUUUAAUGUGCAUCUUUGGUGGGCCAGUUGGCUGGCUGGCUGUCCCCAGUACUGGUCUCAAAAGCCAGUUGCUCGUCUCUGGUCCUAUCUGGGCUGGGAUCUGAACUGUGCUUGCUGCAGACAGGUUUUGUUAAAGGGCUGAGGAAUUCUGAGACCUCUCAUGGGUAGCUGAGGGCAAAGAACCUAAAUAUGUUUCAAGUUUGAGUCUUGUUGGAACGACUCGUGAGUAAAGGCUGCAGGAUUGGACCUCCAUUCUCUAGCACCGUUUCCUUGACUGGUGUCAAGGACCUUUUCCCUCUCUGACGUCCGUCCAUGUGGCUGGCUUAGUCGGAGUCCCAGUGCACCCACCGUCUCUUCCAAAGGAUAAUUCCGAUUUUUCAGAUUCUUCUCCAUUUGCAUUUUUACCCUCUCAGGAAACGGACAACAAAAACAACUGGGACACCAAACAAAUUCAGACCAAAUGUCACAAGUGUAGAAAUCAAGAUUCAUCCGCCACAAAUAAAAACCCUCAUAUUAAUUGACGGACAGAUAGAACAGGGAGCGGAAAAGAUGGACAGCUGCCUCCCUGUGUGGGGAAAAAAAAACAGGCCUGGUUUAUCCCUGGUUUAACUUCAGAGAUACAGCUGGCUCCUGAUGUAUUUAAAUUUCCCUCCUUGUAAAUUUCAGUGGAGAUUUUUUUUUUUUAAAUCACUUUCUAGAUGGAGGAAGAAAUUGACAACUAGUUGUCUUCACCACUGAAAAUCCAAAACCUUCUAACCUUAAUUAGAGUCUAUCCCUGUCCAUGCUGGUAACAAGGAGACUGUGCUAGAUUCUUGCUAAUAAUUAGGCAAAUUAGGUUGGUUAUUUAUGCAGCAAAACCAAUGUGGGUUUAGAUCCAGACUGUGUGUCCUACCCCCAGUAUCAGGAGUUGGAGCUGGGAGAAGUAGGGUUUGCAUCAAUGAUUCUAGUUUGGUCCAUCUCUGGUAAACCAGAGCCCUGCUGAACUUUGAGCAAGUCUGUAUGUAGAUCCAAACUUUGCUUCUAUAAAAGGACAUUCAGGAAGGUAGUUAAUUCGGAUUAACGAAAGGUGUGAAUUUAAAGUGCAUCAGUUAAACGUGAAUGAAGCUCAAUCAAAUUAAUUCUGAAUAAGGCCAUCCACACAGAGGUUUAAUGCAGUUGAACUAAUCCACUUUAAAAGUUAAUUCAGAUUAGUUUUCCUGACUGUCCCAGUGUAGACAAAUCCUCUGGGCUUGAUCCAUCUUCCAGUGAAGCUGAUGAGAGUUGGGCUGGGUGACCUGACCACUUUGUUAGCAGUGACCACAGUUUAAACAUGCUUAUGGCUACAGGUUUCCAUCCUGGAGCUGAUGUGGGGCAUCCCCUGGGAGCUCUGAAGCAGUGCUGUCUGAUCUCUCCCUCCUGCGCCCCACAAACAGGUCCUGAGAACACGAGGGUCUUUGGGAGUUGGGGUGGAUUCCUUGGCAUCUGGGCUCAGCUCGUCACAUCUGGCCUCCCCCCUCCAUCGAUAUUGGGCAAAAUCGCUGUUCCCCUAAUAGAAUUGCUCCUGCCUAGUUUCUGCUGGUGAAGGCAUUGGAGUGGCUGGGGGCGAUCCCACUUUUUAAAGCAGAGAUCUGAAUUGGUUCCUGGAUCCAAAGAACCACGUAUAGGAUAGGUCCAUGCCGGCCUUCUGCUGUCCCAGGGCGGCUGAACAGUUUGGAAGGGAAACCAGUGGAAGUAGGGGAUUUAGGCAGCCACCCCGCCACCUCCUUCCCUGCAGCUAGGAUGGCUCAGAACCCAGCCGCUUCCAUCAGGCCUUUGAUUUAUGGGGCAAUGAAGGCUGUAAAACUGAGUGGGGAGAGACGGCUCACUAGGUCCCGGCCUGCCACAGCCAGCCCAGCCUGCUGCAUGGUGGGGAUUUCAGGAGGGGCUUGCCGGUGCUGUGCUCCAAAAUUGGCUAGUCCAAGCGUCUCCUAGCCCACUGUCUCCCUGCAAGGGGGCUGCCCAGGUGAGGAACAUACAGGCCUGAAAUACCAAGCCAGCUGGGGUGGUGCCAUUGAACCUUGGGCGUCAGGGCAUAAGCUGAUCCCCAGCUGGGUGGUCGUGGGGGAAUUUCCGCUCCCCGGGGGAAGAGUAUCACGUAGGUAGAUACAGCACAGGAGCAUCUGACAGCAGACACAGCUGGAGGCGGGGUAGCAGAAUAGAUGGGCCUGCUGAUCUGAACCGCUGGGUGAGCAUGUUGGUUUGAUCCAGGGGAUACCAAACUAGAUGAGCGUGUUUCUUUGAUCCAGGAGAUACCAGGCUACAGAGACUAUUUGGCUUGAUUCAGGGAGUGGGGAUACCGGGCUAGAUGGGCCACUAGUUAGAUCUGAAGUGGUAAUGAGGUGGGGAUACCGUAUUGCAGGGAUAGUCAAUAGGUGGACCGCAGGUCAAAUCUAGCCUCCGUCCAGAUGCUUUUUGAAUGGACCCCUGUUAUUUACUUAUCGUUAUCAUUACUGUUGUUUUGUUUGGUUAUUGUCUCUGGAGUCUGGACCUUGACUAGACCUUGACCAAGAAAUUUGGACCUUGACAAAAGAGAAUUGACUACCCCUUUCUUAUUGGAUGGGUCCAUUGGUCUGAUCAGCGAGGCAGGGAGACACGGGUAGAUGGGCUGUUGCGGAUGGAGUUGGCUAGGAGAUCCGGUGUGGCAGGGAUACUGGGAUAGAUGAGCUAUUGGCUAGAUGUGAUGUGGUCGAAAGAUGGGGAUGCUGUACUAGCUGGUUCCAUUGGUCUGAUCGGGGAGGUGGGGCCCCUGGGCUAGAUAGGCCAUUCGCCAGGUCCUGUGUGGGAGGAGAUGAAACACCAGACCAGCUGGCUCAUUGGUUCAUUCCCAUGUGGUGGUCCACACGUAGGAUACAAGGAUGGAAUUGCCAACAAAUGACACUCCGCUGCCAUGUACCUGCUCCUGGGAAGUGGCAGGAAGGUUUUGCUGACUUCCAAUGUCUGAUGUGGGGCAUGGGAGACAGGAGGGGCUGCUGCCCAGCCCCCCCAUGGUCAGUUUGGCUAGGGGAGCAGUUGGCUGCUAGUGACCCUGGGUACUGGGCUGCUUUCCUGUCGUCGUCCCCCCCCCCCCCCCCCCCAAGCCCCAAGCUGCUACCGUAGGAGCCCCACAGAGGUAACCAUGUAGGAUCCUUCGCUGCUAUGAAUCAACCUGGGGUGAUGGCUUGUGGGUUUGUGUUUUGUACCAUGUCAGGGUUCCCUCCCCACUCUGAACUCCAGGGGACAGAUGUCGGGACCCACAUGAAAGACCCCCCCCAAGUUUAUUUCUACCAGCUUAGGUUAAAAACUUCCCCAAGGCACAAAUCCUUCCUUGUCCUUGGAUGGGUACUGCUGCCAGCACUAAGUGAGUUAGACAAAGAUUCAGGAAAAGGACCCCUUGGAGUCCCUGGUUCCCUAUAAUAUUCCCCAAGUCCCUUCACCCUCUUUCCUGGGGAGGCUUGAGAAUAAUAUACCAACCAAAUAAGUAAACCAGAUUCUUAAACAGAACUUUAUUAUAGAGGGGAAAAAGGUAAAAGAAGCACCUCUGUAAAAUCAGGAUGGAAGGUAACUUUACAGGGUAAUCCGAUUCAAAACUUUAAAGUUACAAGAAACAGGGAUAAACCUCCCUCUUAGCACAGGGAAAAUUCACAAGCUAAAACAAAAGAUAAUCGAAUGCCUUUCCUUGCUUUACUUACAAUUUUUGUAAUCCUAGAUCUUAUUUCAGGCAGGGUUUUAAGAGAUGGUUUUUCCUGCCCCUGGUCCCUCUCUGGUUCCAAGAGAGCCCACACAAAGAGACAAAGCAAAAACCUUCCCCCCCACAGAUUUGAAAGUAUCUUCUCCCCUUAUUGGUCCUUUUGGUCAGGUGCCAACCAGGUUAUUUGAGCUUCUUAACCCUUUACAGGUAAAGGAGGGAUUUUAUGCUACCCUUAGCUGAAUGUUUAUGACAUACCAUAAUAAAGUUGUGUGUUUUCCACGUG